AUGAGGUUCAGUCCCACCACCAUAACUUUAACACCGGGCAAAUUCGACGCUCUCGAACGAGUAGCUGGGUUAUUGCGAGCACGAAUGAGUGACAAUUAUUUUGCUUAUGAACGAGGAGGUGAAUGGCAUCUAGGCCUCGGCUGUCAUUCGUCACUGGUAGUUGAUUCCAAAGGGGAGCAUGCGACAACAAUUAUCGAUACCCAAGAGGAAUCGCACACCAUUAAUGAGCCUUUGGCGGAUGUCGCAAGAGAUUUUGUGUCAAAGUACACCAACGACGCCCGCAAGGUAUUUGGAUAUGUCGGCUUUAAUUAUGCUGCGCAUGCGCGAGGCAUCCCAUACAGAGCCGGUAGAUGGCCGCUCUUGAGCUUGAUGGUUCCACGCAUCGAGAUUUGUUUCUCUCGGCACAAGGUCGUUCUCAUCGGAUCCGACAAUGAGGAGGUAAAGGAAUUGGCAAACUUGAUCAACAGCGCCACCUCUUUUACUCCCAAUCCGACUCAAAGUAUCGACACGCGAGACUCUGCUGAAGAGUACAUGGCUCGUGUUGAGACUGCACUAUCGGAGAUCUCUGACGGGAAGUACACGAAAGUCAUUCCCUCAAGGGCCGUGGAGAUCCCUAAACGAGUAGACAUGCCGGCUACUCUGCUGUGUGGUCGACGGUGCAACGCACCCGCACGGAGUUUUUCACUCAGCCACAAAGGCUACCAAGCGACCGGUUUCAGUCCCGAGCUGGUGAUGUCGGUAAAAGGUGGAAAAGUGAUCACUGAGCCGCUGGCUGGGACGCGAUCGCGCACAGGCAAAGACGCUGAAAUUGAGCGACUGAGGCAGGAACUGCUCAAUGAUCCUAAGGAAAUUGUUGAGCAUGUAAUGUCUGUCAGAGAAGCGAUCGAUGAGCUGAAGCGGCUUUGCCCCGAGGAUACCGUCCUUGUUGAAGACCUGAUGUCGGUUCGACCUCGGGGUAGUGUUCAGCAUCUGGGGUCCACGGUCUCUGGUUUCCUGAAACCGGAAAGGGACUGUUGGGACGCGUUGGAUGUUCUCUUUCCUUCGACCACUGCAUCUGGUAUACCGAAGCAGGCGGCACUGGAGGGGAUUCAGCGCCUCGAACAGCGCCCCAGGGAGUUGUACUCAGGUGCUGUUUUGAUGAUCGAAGGUAAUAAGACCAUGGAGGCAGCACUCGUUCUCAGAACUGUCUUCCAGGAUCAGAGUUGUCAGUGGGUGCAGGCUGGUGCCGGGGUCAUCGCGCAAUCGACCCCCACGCGUGAACUGACCGAGACUCGAGAAAAGCUGGCGAGCAUUGCUCCAUUUGUGGUGGCGGAAGUUCAGAGAUGAGGUACAACGCUUGAGACCAGUUCAAAUUGAGCCUGGCUUAAGGAGAAAUG